AUGCCUCCACGUUGUUCGACUGUGCAAGGCACGUUGACUCCAUUUCUCUAUCCAUUCCUAUUUUCGAAUACAUCUAGGUUGAUCCAAAGAAUUCCUCGAACUUACAUCAAUGCCGUCCGAAGACAAAGUACCUUAGCCGAAGAACUUGCCUCCGAAUCGACAUCCGAAGAAAUCGACCGUCUUAAUCCCCCUCCCUCUGAUUAUUCUCGAACAAUAUUUGCGGAUAAAGCGAAAAUAGACAUAUUCGCAGGCCCUGGUGGACAUGGUUGUAUCUCUUUUCUACGAGAAAAGUAUAUCGCUGCUGGUCCUCCAAACGGAGGUGAUGGAGGUACGGGCGGAAACAUAUACAUACAAGCUGUGCGCGGCGAAACAAGUCUGCAUAAGCUUGCAAGGCGGCGGAAUAUAAAAGCAGGCAGGGGAAAGAAUGGUCAAGGCAAAACGAGAGGUGGAGAGAGAGGCACUGAUAUCAUUAUUGAAGUGCCUUUAGGUACCAUUGUACGAGAAAUCGAUCGACAUGAUCCUGCGGGCAUUGAAGAAGACAAAAAUAAGUUGGAGGCUGGUAAACAGGAUGGGAAGGAUUUAGAUGGACCUCAAAAAUGGGAUCGAGACAGAUGGUUACUAUACCCCGCUAUUACACCUGAAGAGAUCGCUACUGCCGAUUUUCCUUCAUUUCCAAAACCAAGAUUGUCAAAUUUAGCAGCCGCACAAGUUAAGGGUCCUAUUACGUUGGAUCUUUCUAUGCACAUGGAAAGACCAUUGCUCUUGGCCGCCGGUGCCGUAGGAGGUUUAGGAAAUCCUCAUUUUAGCACAAGACAAGUCCCAAGACCAAAGUUCGCAACCAAGGGAGAUGCUGGACUACGAAUUACUUUAGAGCUCGAACUCAAGCUUCUUGCCGACGUGGGACUUGUUGGACUUCCCAAUGCUGGAAAGAGUACUCUACUGCGAGCUAUGAGCAAUAGCCGAACGAGAGUGGGAGACUGGGAAUUUACCACCCUAGAGCCAAACAUUGGGACUGUGAUUAUUGACGAUAACAAGGGGCGGCCUCUAGCUCAAGCGAAAUAUGAAGACGGCGAAGUCAGAACGAACUUCACCAUUGCAGACAUUCCGGGAUUGGUCGAGGAUGCUCAUUUGGAUCGAGGUCUUGGUAUAAGUUUCCUGCGUCACGUUGAACGAGCUCGAGUUCUUGCGUUUGUCGUGGACCUUGGGAAGGGCAAUGCUGUUGAGGCUUUGAAAGGCUUAUGGCGAGAGCUGGCUGAGUAUGAGCGAAUGAAGAUUGAGGAGGAAAAGGAGAAGGUCAACCCCGUAGUGGAGUGGACUCCCUUCACGUCUGUCGAAGAUGCAAUGGCAAAUCGACCCGAAACAAUCGUCAUGAACACUGGACCUACCUUUGAGAAUCCCCUCGCACCUAAUCUCCCUUCGAUUUCAAAUAAACCUUGGUUUGUGGUUGCUAGCAAAGCAGACUUACCUGGUACUCGGGACAAUUUCCAGGAGCUGAAGUCGUACUUGGGGGAAGUUGCAGCCGGAAAUGAAGAGCAUCCUUCCAGACAUAAGAAUCCUUGGACGGGGACAGUAGAGGUCAUCCCCAUCAGUGCAAUCAACGGACAUGGCGUAAAAAAGAUUACCGAGUGGACCGUUGGUCUUCUUGAUGGAUGA